GCUGAAUGUCGUUUCUCCGUAAGAAUAAAUGAUGAUGCGCAACGUAAUAAUAAUACAACACCAUAAUGAAUGUCAGAGAAAGGAAAAAGUCGAUGGAAAACUUCAUUUAGACGUGUUUAUUUUCAUUUUUCAACUGUUAAAGAGAAGUAUAUUACCUAGAAAUUUUUUGAGGGUUUUCAAAAGGUGAAAACGUAAAAAAAUGUCAGAAGCGUCUCCUCUAUCGAGGAAAGUAAACGAAAAAGCCGAAAAAAAUGAGAACACAGAAAAGAAAUCUUUUGAAGGGGAAAAAAUUAAAAAGCCCAACCCACGGGAGGAUGCCAAUGGCGAGGGAUCCGCCGAGCAAGAGCCUGUGGAUAAAAACAAUGUAUCAAAUAGUCCGAGUAUGACGGAGGUGUCAGAGGUAGAUGCCAAUGUUGGUAUUGAAUGGGACUUUGAGCAUGCUUUAAAGAUGUCAAAGGAUUGCCCCUUACUGGCCAAUCUAGCUUAUGAAAUGUCAAAAGUUUUCUGCGAUGUAUUCUCAGAGUUUACUUUCCAGAUUGACGGGCCACAAAAUUAUUUUGAGAAAUUUGAUGAUAAGUUUCUUACAAAGGUUCGAGAUUUUUCGAAUGAUUUGGGUUCAACGUAUGGAUUAAAUUCAACGGUUUUCCUCUCCUAUAUCCAAGCAAACGAGCCUUACCGGAAGUUGUUUGGUGAGGCAGAAAUCCCAUUGAGUGAGAUUCAAUUUUUUACUGGAACAAUUGAUUUAUUUGACGUAAGUAAUAAACAUUUUGUUUUGAUGGCAAUUGUCAUUGACAGUUUACUCGUGGUUGAAGAAGAUUCCCCAUUUUAUACCAAAGCAUUGCGUCUGUUUGAAGAACUAAUAUCAAGGUACUGUUUUUCUAAUACGUUUCCAUACAAAAAGAAUCCCGAAAAAUUUUUAUACACUUUAAUGCCCUACAAAACCCAGGCUGCCCUCGAUAUUGUGGGAAGAUCCGUUUGGAAAAAGCAAAAUAUUUUUGCUUUUUUAAAAAAUACUAUUGAAAAGUGCAUAUCCUCUCCUCCCAAAACAAUAAACCCAUACAGGAAAUUUGUGAUCGCUGUGUUUGAUUUCCUUACUGACUCCCAAUCUGUAAGACGAUUACACAAUACUUCUUUUGGGCAGAAAAGAUAUACUGCUAAUGCGGAAAAUAAUGACCUUCUUUCUCGUCUACGAAAAAGAGUAUCUAUGUCAAGCAGUCCUCCAGAAAAAGAGCCCAAAAAUGCUAUGGAAGAUAAUACUUCAGAUGCUGUUGAGGAGAAUUAUAUAAAUCCUGAAGCUGAAGCGGACAGUCUCCCUGUCUUUCAAUCCCAGGCUGAUGAGCAAUUGAAUGAUAGAUCAGAAACGCAAUCUAAAGAGACAUCACCGUCGCAUGUUCAUGAAGAUACGGUUGAAACUUCUAAUACUAACAGAGAAAAGAUAAAUGAUAUAAAUUCUUCUGAAAUGGAAGUACUGCAGUCUAUUUCCGAAGAAUUGUCUAUCGCAGUAGCGUCGCUAUCCGAGCAAACUAUCACCUCUGUCCAUAAUCAGGCGUCUUCACUCCUAGAAUUAAUUGAAGAGAGAAUUAAAUUAUUAGAUGAGAAAAAAAGAAUUACGAAGAACAAAAAAAGAGCCUCUUCGGUUCAAAAUCAAUCUUCAGCUGAUGUUAACCCGAAUGCCGUAUCCGAUGUCUCUAGUGUUGACGAAGAGGAUGAGGAUUUUCCACCAAUUCGAAACGCUUCUUCACAAGCCCAUUCUAGUGCCGAUCGGGCUGCCGUUAUGAGAACGUCUACAGAAAAGGCAGAAGAACGCGCUGAGUCACGAAGACAGGUGACUCCAUACGAAAAACUUAAAUUUCGCAGAAAGUGGACGGAAGAACAGGAGCGCGAACUAUUUAAUAUGAUUGAACAGUAUGGCUGCAGUUGGUCAAAAAUCGUUUACAUUCAGAAAAUUUAUGACAAGCCCCUAAGUCCUUUUACACCUACCCACGUUAAAGAUAAAGCAAGGUUAAUUAAAGCCCGCUAUAUGAAGCAACAUCAACUUCAAAAUCUAUACCAACAAUCACCCAACUGGAAGUAUGUAACGGUCGGACCAGCAUAUUGUGAAAUUCACAAAAUUCCUUACAACAAGGAAUCCUCAACAAUGGAGUGAAUUUUUAACUGAAUUUUUUUUUUCAAUUUCAGUAUGGGGAACGUUUUACUUUCUAUGAUGGAAAAUUUGGUUUCACCUGCACAUUCUUGCUGUUGGUAAUAAUGACUUGGGCCAAGGCUGUAAUGAAAGAGUUUAUAAACGUUCUAUAUAUUAUUUAAUUUAUUGAAGUAAUGGAAGAAGAGAAAAAGGGCAUGACCAAUUUUAAAAUGUAUCUGAAUCCGAAU